GAGGGGAGAGGGAGCGGGAGAGAGGAGAGAGAAGGAAGGAGAGGAAGAGAGAGAGAGAAGGAAGGAAGGAGGGGGGGAGGAGAGACGCUUUGAGGCUUUUUGCCCAGGGCGACGGACCGUCUCGCCCAUCCUCACGCGUGCGCGCGUGUUGUGUAUGUUGUAUCCAGACUCUCUGCCUGACUAUUGGUAUCUCGUUGCCCACACCUCUUUUCCCCUCCUCUUCCUCUCCUCUCCUCUUCCCCUCCUUCAAAAAAGAAUCCGGCUUUUGGGGAGAUUUUUCUACCCCUCCUUGCGUCAGCAGCCCAACGUCACUUCACCGGUGACAGCUCCCUCGGUUUGGGGCUGCAGCAGGAGCCGGGGCGCUUUAUUAUCGGCAGCGCGUGGACUGGGAGGCGGCGGCGGGUGACAGCGCCUGUGUCUGUGCGGGAGGUGGGGGGGGGGCUGCCGACGAGAAGCGACGACGCCCCCACCGCCCCCUCCUUCCUUUCCCAGCCCUGCCCCGGAGCGGCGAACGGGAACCGGGCAGGAGGAGCGGAGCUGGGUGGCGGCACUGCAGCUUUUGCCGAGGUUCGGCCGCCUAGGCUUGGACCUCGGACGCUCUCUGAGGGGAGCCGCUGCGCCCGGGAGGGAUUUCGCCGACUGACCGAACCCCAGAAGUUGCUGCCUUCUGAAGGAAGGUGUUGGGGGGGGGGAAAGGAAUACAGAGGUGGCGGCUGCUCCCGGACAGGGGACAGAAAGGAUGCUCGAGUGACUGACGGCUCGGUGUCCCGGCAGCCGAGCUGGAUUGAUCGCGCUUGGCGGGAAGGGGAAGAAGAGCCACCGAGGAGCGGCGGCGGCGACAUGGGGGCCUCGCCAAGGGCAUGGUGGUGGCGGCGGCAGCAGCGGUUUCAGGGUUCGCCCCAGGCGACGGCGACCGGCUUCUGGAGCUUGUGUUGGCUGAUGCUGGGCGCCUGGCGGGGGCUGCUCGCCUCCGCUUGCCCCACCUCAUGCGCCUGCAGUCCCGAGCGGAUCUGGUGCAGCGAAGCCGCGGCGAGCCUCGUGUCCUUCCCCGUGCUCGGCAAGAGGAGCGAGCGGGAGAAAGUCAGCGACAUUUAUAUUGCAAACCAGCGGGGUUUAGAAAGCAUAAAUGAAAUAGAUGUUGGACUGUACACUGGAUUAAGAAAUUUAACUGUGGUGGACUCAGGCUUGAAGUUUGUCUCACGCCAAGCUUUCCUGAAAAAUAUUAACCUACAGUACAUAAACUUCUCCAGAAACAAGCUUUCAAGUUUGUCCAGGAAGACUUUCCGCCAUCUGAAUUUGACAGAUCUGAUUUUAGAAGGCAACCCUUUCAAGUGUUCCUGUGAUAUUAUGUGGAUCAAAGUAUUCCAAGACACCAAGUUUCCAAAAGCAGAAAUUCAGGAUUUUUACUGUAUAAAUGACUACAACCAGAGAAUAUCUCUGCUGGAGAAGCCAGUCCCAAACUGUGGCAUGCCUUCAGUCAGGUUGAAUACACAAAAUCUCACAGUUGUUGAAGGCAAAACUAUCACUUUAUACUGUGAAGCCACAGGAAGUCCAUCACCAACGAUAAUUUGGGUUUUCAGUAAUAUUGUUUCAAAACAUGAGAGUGAUACAAAUAAGAACCCAGCUUCUCUUACUAUAAAGAAUGUCUCAUCAAGUGACAGUGGCAUACAGAUUUACUGUAUAGCAGAAAAUACUGUGGGUGAAGACCAAGCUUCUGUCGACCUCACCGUCUUCUUUGCACCAAAUAUCACAUUUCUUGAAAUACCGUAUUCGGACCAUCACUGGUGCAUUCCAUUCAGUGUGAGGGGAAAUCCACAACCUGUCUUGACAUGGCUGCAUGAUGGGGCUAAACUGAAUGAAUCAGAAUAUAUCUGGACCAAAAUUCAUGUUACCAAUCGGACAGAAUAUCAUGGCUGCCUCCAGCUGGACAAUCCUACGCAUGUCAACAAUGGCAAUUAUACUUUGGUGGCACAGAAUCAAUAUGGAAAAGAUGAAGCCAACAUAUCUGCUUAUUUUAUGGAAGAUCCUGGAGGUAAGCAAUACCUGGAAUGCUGGUUUCCAACCCCAGAUGAGACAGAACUUACAGGCAGUCCGUUCUAUGAUCAUCCUGGUUACAUUGAAGAUUAUGGAACACCAACAAAUGAUUUUGAAGACACUACAAAUAAUAGUAAUCAAGUUACUUCUACGGAUGUCUCAAACAAAGACAAUGAAGAUAGCAUCACUGUGUAUGUUGUAGUGGGGAUUGCUGCACUGGUGUGCACCGGCUUAGUUAUUAUGCUCAUUAUUCUCAAGUUUGGAAGACACUCUAAGUUUGGAAUGAAAGGCCCUUCUUCAGUUAUCAGCAAUGACGACGAUUCGGCAAGUCCUCUUCAUCACAUCUCUAAUGGAAGCAACACGCCAUCUUCUUCUGAGGGAGGCCCAGAUGCAGUAAUUAUUGGAAUGACAAAGAUUCCUGUAAUUGAAAAUCCUCAAUAUUUUGGAAUUACAAACAGUCAACUCAAGCCUGACACAUUUGUCCAGCAUAUCAAGCGCCACAAUAUUGUCCUUAAGAGGGAGCUGGGAGAAGGAGCCUUUGGCAAAGUCUUCUUGGCUGAAUGUUAUAACCUAUAUCCUGAACAGGAUAAGAUCUUGGUUGCUGUGAAGACUCUGAAAGAUGCCAGUGACAAUGCCCGCAAAGACUUCCAUCGAGAAGCAGAACUACUGACUAAUCUACAGCAUGAACAUAUUGUCAAGUUUUAUGGAGUGUGUGUGGAGGGAGAUCCUCUUAUCAUGGUCUUUGAAUACAUGAAACAUGGAGAUCUCAAUAAAUUCCUCAGGGCGCAUGGACCUGAUGCAGUUCUGAUGGCUGAAGGGAGUCUUUUAGCUGAACUAACCCAAUCCCAGAUGCUGCACAUUGCCCAGCAGAUUGCAGCUGGUAUGGUUUACUUAGCAUCACAGCACUUUGUGCAUCGUGACCUUGCUACUCGGAACUGCCUGGUUGGGGAAAACCUGCUGGUGAAGAUUGGAGAUUUUGGGAUGUCAAGAGAUGUAUAUAGCACAGAUUACUACAGGGUUGGUGGACAUACCAUGCUACCUAUUCGUUGGAUGCCACCUGAAAGCAUCAUGUAUAGAAAGUUCACCACGGAAAGUGAUGUCUGGAGCCUUGGCGUUGUUCUCUGGGAAAUCUUUACCUACGGAAAACAGCCAUGGUACCAGCUCUCAAACAAUGAGGUAAUUGAGUGUAUAACUCAGGGCCGUGUCCUACAGCGACCUCGUACUUGCCCAAAGGAAGUAUAUGACCUGAUGCUUGGGUGCUGGCAGCGGGAGCCUCAUAUGAGACUCAAUAUCAAAGAAAUCUACUCCCUCCUUCAGAACUUGGCCAAGGCCUCUCCAGUCUACCUGGAUAUUCUAGGGUAGAAAUUCCUAGCACUUCCUUAUAUGAAGUGUGUGAAUGAAUGUUUCCGUUGCAACUAAACUCCAUUACAAUGUGUUAUUAACUCUGGCAGUAUUAAAUACAAAGAUACGGAGAAGCUUUCAAAGGGCAAGCUGUGUGCAUCUCUUCCUCUGUAAACACAAUAUUGACGUUGUGACUUUACUGACAUAUAUCUCCCCAUCUGCUCUAUUUCCCCCCAAUUUCUAUUCAGUCAGGCUUCUGCAUUAUUAUAACUCUGCAUAGACAAAGGCCUUAACAACCUGAUCUGUUUUAUCAGCAGAUACUCGGUUUUGCUCAUCACAGCUUAAAUGCCUUGUUGUCCUUUUGCCUUUGAUCUGGAUAAAAAAGGGAAAAAAAAAGACUCAAACCUUGUGACUUCUGCUGUAUGGAUAUCUGGAACAUCUAUGGAAUUGCCUCUACUUUAUUUGCUUUGGCAUCUGUGUGGAAAAUGGAAGUGUCAAGUGCAGUAGACUGGCAUUCUCUAUCGAAAAUAAUUAUUUUAUUUCCAGUUGAGGUCAACCUGAAGGGGGAAAAAAUCAGUUGGCAUCUUAUAUAAUCUUCUCUUUUGAAAAAUGAUCAGAUCAGAUGGCAUCCAAUGAAACAUUUUACAGAAUAAUGUAAUUAUUUAAUGAAAGAGUAGGAACCUGGUGCUUUCCCUUGAGAGACAUACAGGGAAAUAAAGGCAUCAUUCCCACUGCAAAGGUUUUUUUUUGUAUAACGAAAGGGGCUUCUGUGUCAACUGGACUGAAAAGUAAAGGUCUUGGUCACAUUUCCCAGAAUUGUAUCACCUUAUGCCCAAUUAGAAUCCCCCAGGUUCACCUUGCUAUAGUUUCUCCUGAUGUCACUAUUACAAGAAUUCCCUAGUUAGUUUUUGAUAAUGCAAGUGCAUGGUUGGGUAUAUUAAAGUGCAGAAUAGUUUCUAGGGCUCUUUUGAAAACAGGGCUAUAAUACAGUGGCAUUAUGUCAAAUAUGUUAUGCCUCAAAUCUGAUGCCUCUGGUUGGGUUGGAAUGGAAUUGAAACCCCACACAUCUAGUUGGUUUUAGCUUAGGAUGCCCAGGAUAUGGGAAAAACUAGACAUGGAUAAUAUAGAGAUUACAACAGAACUUGCUGAUCCUUGUCCUUCUAUUCAUCUUCUGUUUAUCCUUGUUAGGCACAAGCAGUCAGAACCAUCUGUAAAUGGCUGAAGUAAACAACUUUAUUGAUUUCUACCUAUAUUAUAAGAUUUUCCCCAGAUUACCUUACCCCAGGAAUGAUCAGAGCUUCAUGAAACUUGGGUGGAGGUCAAGCUUAUGCCUCUUGUGGCUGUGCAAGGACUCUAAGCUAGGCCCUUGCUUGAUCCCUCUUUUCAGCCUACCUGGCAGUUUCCUAACAAUCCUUUCCCCAAACUCAGCAUACAUUUUAUCAGUUAAUUCAUUCUAUUCAUUCUGAAAAAAAGUCUCAUAUCUCAUUGCACAUUCAAGCAGGCAUAAAAAUUCCUAUAUUUAGUUGUAACAAAAUUGCUGCUGUGAAACAUAUGUACAGUAUUGUUACAGGUGCAAUAGGGCCAUGCAACAAUGUUGAAUAUUUAUUUGAGAAACUCUGGAGAAAAGUCAGAAAAAUAAGGAUGAGAACCAGUUACUGGUUGAACAGAUAAUUGAAUAUUGAAUGUUUAGAAUGGCCAUCUUUUCGUUUAGGAGUGGCAAAUAUUAUACUAUAUGGUUAACAGAAACAUAUUACAUAUAGAUGUGGACGGUUUAGGAUAUACAUGUCAAGUUAUUUUUAUUAUAAGAUAUCAUGAUGAGAUAAAUUCAGAACUGCUGCAAAAAUGUGGAGGGGAUAUUUUAAAUCACUAAAGGAGGUUAUGAAUAUAGAGCUCCUAAAUGUUUUGUAAUUGUAAUUUUAUUUUAAAGAUUUGACACUUAUUUUUCUAAUUGUUUCCAGAAUCAUUUUAAAUGUGUUUGACUUACAUUUCUUCUUUUAAAGCAUCCUUUUUGCAAUCUAGAAAGAUGCUGAUCUUGUUUCAUAUCUGAACUAAAAUUAGAAAUGUGAAUAGUGCUGAAGCUGGAUUCUAUUAUGUCAUUUUAGAAGUUGCUAAGUUAUACAUAUAACAGUAUAUGUCUAAGCCAUAUAUAUAUAUAUAUAUCCUUAAUAACUGUAAAAAUCCGAAUCCCGGGCAUAUCUAUUCAAUACUACACAAUCUUCCCAGACUUCAAAGAUUGUGUAGUAUUGAAUAUAUAUAUUGUCGUGUACACACACACACACACACACACACACACACACACACAUUAAUUCCUAUACAAGUUUCAACAGGAUUUUUUUAACUGUCAGGAUGAUUAAUAUGAAAUAGAUUUUGAAGAUUAUUUAAGUGAUGACUGAAAAGUAAUACAUAAAGACAAAAAAGAGAAAAAUAUUGAAAGUUCAUUUUUGCAUACUGACUUUAAAAUCAAUUUUGUUUAUACAGUGUCAUUCUUUUUCAAUUUUCUCAAGUUUGAUGCCCCCAGUUAUGCUAGAACUGCAAUUCCCAUUAGAAUCUAACUGGGAAUUCUGUAGUUUGCAGUCCUGAAAAAGAUUAAGGGUGACAGUUUGGGACAAACUGCUCUAGUCUGUUUCCAAUGAAAACAGAAAACAAAAUCUGAAGUGUCAGAGAUUACCAAAAAGCACAUCUAUCCAUGGACUAUGCACUUUCAUAAUUUCUGAAAAAUUGCAGUUCUGACAGAAUUCCCUAAUUUUGAUGACCAGUGGGGCAAAAUUGGAAUUAAAAGGAAUGCUACUCAUGACACCUCUGAUGGUAGUAAAUUUUCAGCUCUGUUCUUUUUUAUAUUCCAGAUCUUUCUGUACUCCAUAAUAUUUAGUCACAAGUAGAGAUGCUCAGCAAGCCCUUUGCCAAUCAAUAUUCAUUAAGAGCUCCUACUUUGCACGUCCCAUCAGUUUCUCUCUUCUGGUGAAGAAUGAGAAGCCUUAAUGAUUGUUUUGCUUGGAAAUUUAUUUUUUAAUAAGGAAAUGUUAUUUCAUUAUUCAGAAUAAACUUAACAAUAAACCCCACCAAGCAAAUUGUGGUGAAGACUUUCCUUAUCAGAGGAAAUAGAAGUUGACAUAAAGUCCUUAAGAAAGGCCAUUCAAGGGAUAAUUAAGAAGAUAUUUAUCAUUAAUCAUUCAGCCUUGAUCACAGGGAACCAAUAAAACAGAUAUGACCUAUAAACAAGAGCCUAGUUUAAAAUAUGCUGAGUGUUCUGAGGAGCCUUAAUGGCACUUUGCCUUUCCACACUGGACAAAUUGAUGUUGCAUUUGUGUCUUGGGAUGUGUGGAAGUGCUACAAAUAAAACUGAAAAUAUGAGGAAUGUCAGAGACGGCCUGAAUUUGAUAACAGCUGGAUUAUAAAUCACAUGUCAGUGUGGAAAACAGCUUCAUUAAAAUGUAUCAAUUUAAAGAUGGCUUUAGUCUGAGAAUAAGCAUGUGUAUUAUAUGAUUGCUGAAGAAUUGUAUACCAAAAUGGAUGUAAUUUUUUACCAGAUGGUAUCCUUUUUUUCCUUUCUGGAAAAGAAUAAUAGAGUAAUUAAAAGUACUGUGUCAUAAUGUAGUGUGCAGUAGCAUAACCACAUAUCCUUUUUAAAGGAUCAAAUGCUCUAUACAGUCAGCAUUCUGUACAGUGUGGCUAAAACUUGGGUUGUGCUGUAAAUGUGGACCUGUGAAUAGAAACUAUUGUCUUGUAGGAAUGAUAUUAACUUAUUUGCAUUUAGUCAUUCAAGUGGAUAUAUAUAUAUAUAUAUAUAUAUAUAUAUAUAUAUAUAUAUAUAUAGUGUGUGUGUGUGUGUAUACAUGUAUGCAUAUAUACAUAUACACAUGUCAUACCCAAAGAAAAGAAAGGUUUUAAUAAAUAUUGUGUAUAGCAUAUUGUUGUCAUGCUUAAAGUGUCAACUAACAUUCUACAUUAAGCAAAUGUGACAAUCACGCUUAUAAAGAGAAUGUCUUUCUUCCCUAUGCUGCAAAUAUAAGUGUAUAAAUACACACAUACACUAAUAUAUAUAAAUAUGUGUGUGUGUUUACAUAAACUCUGUAUAUAUCAAGAACAGAGACAUACCUGAAUAUGUGUCUUAUAAAUAUUUGAUUGAUACAUAUGCAGACUUUGGUGAUUGUGUAUAUGUAUAAGCGUGUGUAAACUACACAUACAAUUUUGACUGGUAAUGUAUAGAAGACAGUAAUAUGAAUAGGCUGAGUAUGCUAAAUAACCAAAAUUUCCAUUUCUAAAAAAUGAAUGUAUGUUUUUUCUAUAUUUGGUGGGUCAGUUUUAAACUUCCAUAUAGAUCUACAUAAUAGAGGAAAUUCUUAAAAAUAGAUUAUUUGCUCAACCCAAAAAUCCUUGACUGUUUUCCUCCCAUCUAUUUAUUUCUUUCAGAUUGAUUUUAGUUGUUAACUUUAGGACACGGGUGUCAAACUCGCUGCGUCAUGGCGACAUGUUGUGACGUAUCACAACUUUUUUUGCAUUGCCGGAGCUGGGGCAGUAUGGCCUCCAUGUGAUGCAACCCGCCCAUGGCCAGCAGUUUGACACCCCUGCUUUAGGAUAAGAGGUAGAUUUGCUACAGCUAUAUUCCUGUACUUAUUUAUUUUAAAAAUACUGGAAGUGUUUACUUCUGAUUAGACAUGCAUAGAAUUGCUCCAUCACUGUCAACAUCUUUUCCAGUUAUUAUUUAAUGAACAUUCCUGUUUCUGGUUGGAAUCAAGCAGAAUUGCCAUGCAACAUGAAGAAAAUGGGUGCUGCUUAAUAAGAUCUCAGGCAUAAUUGGGCUUGACAGAGUGAGAUAAAUUUUUGCCCCCAAAUCAUUAAUCAGUGAGUUUGAUUUAUUUUUUCCAGAGAAAAAUUAAGCAAAUACCCAAGUCCUAGAAGAUAGUAUGAAAGCUCAAAUAUAGCUGUUUACUAUGCAUAUACUCAAAUAUUGAUUAGACCCAGGAGAACUAGGAUCUCCCUGGAGUUGGAUGCCUGAUUCAGAGAAUUCCCCAAGAACAAUUGAGGUUUAAAAUCUCUGCAAUUGUUGGACUAAAUGGGGAAACAUUUCCCAUUCCUCAAAUGAUCUAAAGCAGUGGUUCUCAACCUUUUUAAUGCCGCGACCCCCAACCGGUCGUAAGUCGAGGACUACUCAACCGGUCGUAAGUCGAGGACUACUCAACUGGUGCAGCACCGUUUGCAGAA